AUGUAUAGCUUAAGAUUAAUAACUAAACACAUCCACCGGUCUCUAGUACAUAAAAGUUUCAUUACGAAAAACAAACCAAAAUUGGUACAAAUUCCAAGAUAUUACUGUGCUCAAAAAAAUCCUGAUUAUGAACUAGAUAGUAUAGUAAAUGAAAUAUGUAAAGGUGAUGCAGAAUUAGAAAAAAGACUGAGAGUUUUGACACUUGAGGUAGAAGUAAUGAGACAAGACGGUCGCUGUGCACCAGAUUAUCUUAAAUUAGAUCAUUGGAAGCAUUUGCUGGACUUGCCUAGUAGAAAUCAGAGAUCUAAUUAUUUGACAUUCCUCUGGAAAACCGAAAAGACGAAAGAAAAUCAGAAAAGAAAGAAGGAGCAGAGGAGAAUUGAACUUGAGAAUUCACCACCAGAAGAAGAGAAACAGUAUCCAGAUGAUUUGCUUUAUGGAAUUAAACAUCAAUCUUUAUUCUUACGCAUUCGAGACCAAUCUAUUAACUAUUUUGAUAAUUAUCGGGCUCUGUCAGCUAUGAUCCGUGGUCAAUCAGUUGUCAUUGAUUGUUCUUAUGAAGAAAACAUGGUGUGGAGAGAAACAAUGAAUGCUGCUAAACAAAUGACUUUUGUAUUUGGAGACAAUAGAAUACACAAACAACCUUUUAAUUUACAUUUGUGUAAUGUUGAUCUGAAUGGUCAAUUCAUGAAGCAAUUACAUAAGAAUAUACCAUCUAUUGAUGAACCUUGGUUUCCCCUUAAUAUUCAUACUCAAAGCUACCUAGAUGUAUUUCCUAAGGAGAAAUUAGUAUAUCUCACUCCACAUUGCCGAGAGGAAUUGACAAGUUUUAACCCUGAUGAUGUGUAUAUUAUAGGAUGCAUGGUGGAUAAAAUGAACAAUGAACCUCUUUCAUUAGCAAGAGCAAAAAGAGAUGGCCUUAGAAUGGCUAAACUGCCUUUAGAUAGGUAUCUAGAAUGGGCUCCGGGUUCCAAAAAGAACUUGAAUAUAAAUCAUAUGGUUCCAAUACUUUUAGAUCUAAAUAUGACUGGUGACUGGCAAUAUGCAUUGAGACAUGUACCCAGAAGAAAACUUAUGGAGACAAAAAUUAUGGCUAUGCAAAAGAGAUUCAAUUCCCCCAACAUAACCAAAAAAGAUCUGCUCAAAAGCCUUAAUAUGUCAUCUAAAAAAAAUAAUACCCUUAAUUUUAAUGAAAGAAAAACAAAUACAAGAAAAUCCCUGUAUGAUGAUGAAAAUAUAUAA